GUCUGGCAGGCAGCCUUAAGCAGAGAAGAGCUAUCUCAAUUUCUCUCACUUAAUCUUGGCUUCGCGUCAGAAGCUGUGCAGCAGUGCAGUAGAAUGGGAGCACGGCAAAAGCUUCGCCAGUGAAGCGGCGGGUGCUCGCUAUGUGGCGGUACCUCAGCGAUUUCUCGAGCUGGAUUACCUAUUGAUUUUCCUCCUUUCUCGCCUCCCAGGUUUACUCGGCUGGACAUUGUGUGUGUUUGGAUUUCUCAAGGAUUCUCCCCCGACUAACAUGGAUGUCCCACCAUUCCUUGCAGUUGAAGGUUGCUCCUUGGCGCAGUGAAUGAAGAACAUGCAGGGAUUGCUAAUGGGUUUGGGAAGCGUAGACUCUCUGCUCUCUCUGUGACCAUGCCGUGAUCGUGUCUGAGGGCCAUCAGUUUACGUAUCCUCAUUCUCACCCUACCGGGAAACCUGACGGCUUAGAAGGGGGAAGUAAGGCAGCGCGUGUGUGCAUAGAAACAUCAUGAAGAUUAUUUCCCAUAUUGUAACUAAUUCAGUCUUCAGAUGCACCAUUAGACUCCUUCUUUGCUUACUGUGGAUUGGAUAUUCUCAAGGAACCACACAUGUUUUAAGAUUUGGAGGCAUUUUUGAGUGUGUGGAAUCUGGUCCAAUGGGAGCAGAAGAAUUAGCCUUCAGAUUUGCUGUGAACACAAUCAACAGAAACAGAACUCUUCUGCCAAACACCACAUUAACAUAUGACACACAAAAGAUAAAUCUCUAUGACAGUUUUGAAGCAUCCAAAAAAGCCUGCGACCAGCUGUCCCUUGGGGUGGCAGCAAUCUUCGGGCCAUCCCACAGCUCCUCGGCCAACGCCGUGCAGUCCAUCUGCAACGCUCUGGGAGUUCCGCACAUCCAGACCCGCUGGAAACAUCAGGUGUCAGACAACAAGGACUCCUUCUAUGUCAGCCUCUAUCCGGAUUUCUCUUCACUCAGCCGCGCCAUCCUUGACCUUGUGCAGUUCUUCAAGUGGAAAACAGUUACUGUUGUUUACGAUGACAGCACUGGUCUCAUUCGAUUGCAAGAGCUCAUCAAGGCUCCCUCACGAUACAACCUAAGGCUAAAAAUCCGUCAGUUGCCAGCUGACACAAAAGAUGCAAAGCCAUUGCUAAAGGAGAUGAAAAGAGGCAAAGAAUUCCAUGUAAUCUUUGACUGCAGCCACGAAAUGGCAGCAGGCAUCUUGAAACAGGCUUUAGCUAUGGGAAUGAUGACAGAAUAUUAUCACUAUAUCUUUACCACACUGGACCUGUUUGCCUUGGAUGUGGAGCCCUAUCGGUACAGUGGGGUUAAUAUGACUGGAUUCAGAAUUCUAAACACAGAGAACACCCAGGUGUCAUCGAUCAUUGAGAAGUGGUCUAUGGAGCGCUUGCAAGCACCCCCAAAGCCUGAUUCAGGUUUGCUGGAUGGAUUUAUGACGACGGACGCGGCGCUGAUGUACGACGCGGUCCAUGUGGUGUCGGUGGCCGUCCAGCAGUUCCCGCAGAUGACGGUCAGCUCGCUGCAGUGCAACCGCCACAAGCCCUGGCGCUUCGGGACCCGCUUCAUGAGUCUCAUCAAGGAGGCCCACUGGGAAGGCCUCACAGGCAGGAUAACUUUCAACAAAACUAAUGGCUUAAGGACAGAUUUUGAUUUGGAUGUCAUCAGCCUCAAGGAAGAAGGUCUUGAAAAGGUUGGAACUUGGGAUCCGUUGAGCGGCCUUAACAUGACAGAGAAUCAGAAAGGAAAACCAGCAAACAUCACAGAUUCCCUGUCCAAUCGCUCUUUAAUUGUCACUACCAUCUUGGAAGAGCCAUAUGUUAUGUUCAAGAAGUCUGACAAACCCUUGUAUGGAAAUGAUCGUUUUGAAGGUUAUUGCAUUGACCUCCUCAGGGAGCUGUCUACUAUCCUUGGAUUUUCCUAUGAGAUUAGGCUGGUGGAAGAUGGAAAAUAUGGAGCCCAAGAAGAUGCCAGCGGACAGUGGAAUGGAAUGGUUCGUGAACUGAUUGAUCAUAAAGCUGACCUUGCAGUUGCACCCUUGGCAAUUACCUAUGUUCGUGAGAAGGUCAUCGACUUUUCCAAGCCCUUUAUGACUCUUGGAAUAAGUAUUUUGUACCGCAAGCCCAAUGGUACAAACCCGGGCGUCUUCUCCUUCCUGAAUCCUCUCUCCCCUGAUAUCUGGAUGUAUAUUCUGCUGGCUUACUUGGGUGUCAGUUGUGUGCUCUUUGUCAUAGCCAGGUUUAGUCCCUAUGAGUGGUAUAAUCCACAUCCUUGCAACCCUGAUUCUGACGUGGUGGAAAACAAUUUUACCUUGCUAAAUAGUUUCUGGUUUGGAGUUGGAGCUCUCAUGCAGCAAGGUUCUGAGCUCAUGCCUAAGGCCCUCUCCACCAGGAUAGUGGGAGGCAUUUGGUGGUUUUUCACACUUAUCAUCAUUUCCUCGUACACUGCUAACCUAGCCGCCUUUCUGACAGUGGAACGGAUGGAGUCCCCUAUUGAUUCUGCUGAUGAUUUGGCCAAGCAGACAAAGAUAGAGUAUGGGGCAGUUGAAGAUGGAGCAACCAUGACUUUUUUCAAGAAAUCCAAAAUCUCCACUUAUGACAAGAUGUGGGCCUUCAUGAGCAGCAGGAGGCAGUCAGUACUUGUCAAAAGUAAUGAAGAAGGAAUCCAACGCGUGCUUACCUCUGAUUACGCAUUUCUAAUGGAGUCGACAACCAUUGAGUUUGUCACACAGAGGAACUGUAACUUGACACAGAUUGGAGGCCUGAUAGACUCCAAAGGUUACGGCGUUGGAACUCCCAUGGGUUCUCCAUAUAGAGACAAGAUCACUAUAGCAAUUCUUCAGCUGCAAGAAGAAGGCAAGCUCCACAUGAUGAAAGAGAAAUGGUGGAGAGGCAAUGGUUGCCCAGAAGAGGAAAGUAAAGAGGCCAGUGCUUUGGGAGUUCAGAACAUUGGAGGAAUCUUCAUCGUGCUGGCAGCAGGAUUGGUGCUUUCUGUCUUUGUGGCAGUUGGGGAAUUUUUGUAUAAAUCAAAAAAAAAUGCCCAGUUGGAAAAGAGGUCCUUCUGUAGUGCCAUGGUAGAGGAGCUAAGGAUGUCUCUGAAGUGUCAGCGUCGAUUAAAACACAAGCCACAGGCCCCUGUUAUUGUGAAAACAGAAGAAGUUAUCAACAUGCACACGUUUAACGACAGAAGGUUGCCAGGUAAAGAAACCAUGGCAUAGAGCUGGGAAGCCAAAUACCCCAAGCACAAACUGUCGUCUUUUUUCCAAACAACCUUGCGAGAAUGUUUCCUGUGGAAAUAUGCAACAAGUGCAAAAUAAAAUGAGUUACCUCAUGCCGCUGUGUCUAUGAACUAGAGACUCUGUGAUCUCAGCAGUUGCAAUGGCCAGACUCGAAUCACAAGCAUCAUGGAUCAACCAAGUUAUGCAGGGUUACACUGUUUGUCAUGGGUUUCCAUCAUUCUGAAUGAAUGAAAGAAUGUUCCAUGUGAGUUUUGUGGCUGGUUUCAAAUGCAGUCUCAGUGAGAAGUUGCAGGUUCCCUUUGAAGUUCAACGGUUGCCAGAAAAGGGAGAAUAAGCGCCCAAGAUGAUACAAACCACAGAAGGAGUCUAGUAGAAGUAAUGUCUCAGAACUGUAGUGGAACAAGAAACUAUAUGUUCUUCUGAACUUCCCAGCACAGAAAAGUUGGUAACUGCUGGUAGACUGAAACUACCGUCUGGACAAGGCGAUAUGAUCUUCCUGGAUGGAAGAAAUGUUAAAAGUAAGGAAAUAUGAAUCCCAUGAAUAGAAGAAUAAAUAUGAGGAUGUUCACCUGCUUUUGUUUUUUUGGACUGUUUGUUACGCUGAACUAAGUAAAUAAAUAAUAAUUACCAAAAAAAAAAAAAAAAAAAAAAAAAAAAGGAAUUUAGCUGGGUUGGAACUUUGAUCUAAAAAAACGACAAAAAUAUAUUUCCAGAAUUUGGACCCAAUUUUUAGAUGAAUGAAAGUUUCCUUAGUACAAAGGAAUGUAUCUUACAACCUUUAGAUAUAAGCAAUUAAUUUUGUUUUCUAUAGUUGUGAAAAGAGGGAGGGGGUGGGAUGCAGUAUAUUUCACACAUAGAGGGUUUACAUUUUAGCCUGAAUGGGUUUUGAAACACUUGUUCCUGCUACUAAUUGAACUCAAUGGAGCCUGUGCAAUUCUCACUAAUGUUGGAAGAGGGAUGGGUCACCUAAAAGAAGUGAAUGUCAAGAACUUAAAGGAGGACUGCAUUUUUCAAUACAGUCACAGUACAAAAUGAGCAAAAUUCUUGAGCAGUUUUUUUUUUUUUCCAAAAAAAAAAAAAAAAUGUUCAGGUUUAUUUGUGGAAAUGCAAGAUUUCUAUGAAAAUAGUUUUUGUAUGGAAAUUUUUGUAAUACUUUUUAUCAACAAAAUAAGAACAUGUGUUUCUGUCAGGGGUGUGAUGCCAAGCAUGAGUGGUAGUGCGUGCGCACCACCAACGUUUGGUGAAAACUAUUUUUAUCAUGAAAAAGGAAUCUUAGAAGAGACAUAUUUUCAAGUUAUAUAAUAUAAAAAAAUAGGUGCACUACCACCACUGCUUACCAUGCUACACCCCUGGUUUCCACUAAGCUGAUAACAUGCUGUCAUGAACAAUUGUGUGUAAAUGGUAAAAGACACAGACCUCUUGACCACAUUGUGAUAGAAGUUAAUAUGCACUCAGUUUGCUGUUUGAAUUCAAUGCACAAAAUUAAAAAAAAAAAAAAAAAGCAUUAAAUUUAUGUCAGUUUUAGUUGGUUUGGUUUUGCUGUGUGAUUUGAGCAACGUAUGUGCAGUACUUUGUGUCAGUACUGGUACUUAGCUUCAGCUUAGUGCCCUAUCCUGAUGAUUCUUGCCACUAAAUUUGUGACAAGAGAGUUUGCUGGGAUAUCUGACAGAAGCCAUUACAGCACUUUGUGAUAAUAUUUGCAGGAUUUGGCUCUUAGCUGCUUCAAAGCUAACUUAUAUGUCCUGACUGUGGUGAGUUCCUGGACAUAACGUUUUGAAAUACUGCCCUACAGAUGCUGAAUCUCGCACCUCUGUCUACUGUAAAUUUAUUUGUAUCUCAACAAGAAAUGUAUAGUAUGGACUCUGUAGGAAUGUUAAGUCAACCAAAAAAGAUUAUGAAAAUAGUCUUUACAUAGAAAAACAUUUAAUUUGUCUUUAAUCCCCAAAAAACAUUAAAAUCCACCCCCCACCAAAACAUUGGAAUAAUCAUAGAUAAUAGGUCAUUGGUGAGUAAAGAAAUUGGUUAUUUAUUCAGUCUUAAUUUAAUCCUAUUAUCAUCUUUAUGGCACAGAAAUAUAAGAGAUAUAACCCAAACUGUAGAAAUUAUAUCAUGGAAUUUGGGGGGAAAUGGGAGGUUUGUGUCUACUACCCAGUUAUCAUAUAUCUUCAUAGAGAUUGAGCUGGCCAUUUCCAUGUGAGCAGGGACUGAGAAAGCAAAUUCUCUUAUAUUUGUGAGUUUCAUCCCCAUUUAUGUGAUAACAAAAAACAGGUUAUCUUUGUCUGAAGUAUAAAGAAGAUAAAAACACUUUAAGCAAUUUUUCUGGAAAUGAGUAAACUUACAUAAUUUAUAUUUAAGUUAAUUCUUUAAAACACAAAGGGGAGAAGAGUAACUGUCAUAACACAAUGAAAACUCCU